CUCCCUCCUCCCUCCAUCCCACAUCUACCGCCACACUCCCUCCCUUCUCCUCCCAUCCCCUCCCCUCUCAUCCUUCUCCCCCUGCAUCUCCUUCCAGUCCACCCUUCCUCCUCUCCUCCCAUCUGCCUCUCCGACCCGGGGGACCCCGGCCCCGAUCCGCUCGCCGACACGCGGCCUUUGUUCUCUGCCUCGUCGGCCUGGCCACCUUGAGCUCAAGCCGAGGAGCGGCUUGGGAGGAUGAGGGGGGCAGCAGCCAGCCGUGCCUCGUCCGUGUCGCAUGGUGGCCCAGAUGCAUGCGCCCCAUGCUCUGCCUCGACGAGCGCGGCAGCUCGAGCCGAGGAGCGCGGCCUCGAUUCGGCUCCUCAGCUUGAGCUCCUCCUGGCGAGGCCGGAUUGUAGCUUGCCAUCGUCAGUUAGUUUUGUUACUUUGUUACCUGGCCUGGGGCUUCACCGCUCUAAGCGCAUGAGGAUGAUGAAGGAGAAGGUCUGUUGCAUGGUAACGUCAAUGCAAAGCAGUUUUCCACACCAGGUUAAAAAUAUGCAAUAAUCUAAUGGAAUCAGGGCGGUGGGUCUAUAGCACUCAGCAUCAAAGAUUUGAGAGGCAGAGAGGGAUUGCUCAAGUGGAAACAGAGCAAGAAUCAGAAGGAGCUCAAUAUUUUGCUACUACAUUACUAAUAGCUUUGUCAGAUUUUGCAGCAGCGGGGCUCACAACUAACGGUGGAGAUCGAGCUAAUGAUCUCACAAAAACUUCUACGGGUUCAUCAAACAUGAAGGAGGUUAGUUUUUACCUGAGCGGCAACACCGGCCGCCAUGGUCUUGCUAGAGCCUACCUAGCCGUGGUAAGUCACCAGCUUCAGGUAGUCUAGGCACAACCAGAAGAGACGCCAUGGGGUGAAGCCUUGUAGGGGUGCAUCAGGCUGGGCCUCCUCUAUUUCCGAUGAGUUCAUCCUAUUUUCUUUCUCCUUCACUAGCAUUCAUUUUUAUGUAAUUAUUUCAUUUAUCCAUGACAUCGACCAUCCUUUGUUUCAGUUAUUAUGAAGUAAUGAACAAAUGUGUCGUGCAAUCCCCGUA